AUGGUGGGGCUGUUGGCUCCAGCCCCGGGUUCUGAAGGUCUCUUGCUGCUGCUGCAGGAGCCCGUGACCUUCGAGGAGGUGGCCGUGUAUUUCACCAAGGAGCAAUGGGCUCUGCUGGACCCGGCGCAGAGGACUCUUUACGUGGACGUCAUGCUGGAGAACUACGAGACCGUGACGUCUCUGGGUUUUCCCACAGCCAAGCCAGACUUGCUCGCCCAGCUGCAAGAGCGAGGAGAGCGCUGGGGCCCCAAUCUUCAAGAAACAGAGAAAAAAGCAGCCCUGAGCAGCAGAGCAGGGGUAAGACAGAAAAUCGACAGCGGGAUGGUUUGCGGAGGAGGCGAUGCCGACCUCGGCGAAACCCCAGCCCAGGAGGAACCUGCGGAAAGGCAGCGUGGACGCGAGGGCGGCCAGAGCAGGGACUUAAUUACGCCCCCGAGGGACGACGCGGGAGAGAAACCUUUCAAGUGCCUCGAGUGCAGGAGAAGCUUCACGCGGAGCUCGGACCUCAUUGUCCACCAGCGAACGCACACGGGGGAAAAGCCCUACCAGUGCCCCGAGUGCGGGAGAUGCUUCAACAGGAGCUCCAGCCUCGUGACGCACCAGAGGAUGCACACGGGCGAGAAAAUGUACGCGUGCCCCGAGUGCGGGAAAAGCUUCACCCGCAGCUCGACGUUGACCGCCCACCAGAGAACCCACACGGGAGAAAAACCCUACCAGUGCUGCGAGUGCGGGAAGCGCUUCAGCAAAAGGUCGAACCUCAUCAAACACCAGCGGCAACACACCGGGGAGAGACCGUAUCGGUGCCCCCACUGCGGGAAAAGCUUCAUCCAGAGCUCGGAUCUCAUCGUCCACCAACGCACCCAUACCGGGGAAAAACCCUACCAGUGCCCGGAGUGCGGGAAGUGCUUCAGCGUGCGAUCCAAGCUGAUUCAACACCAGCGCGUGCACACCGGGGAGAAGCCGUACGUGUGCGGCGAGUGCGGGAAGAGCUUUGGGCAGAGCUCGCACCUUUCCGUGCACCAGAAGACUCACAGAGGAGAGAAAUCGUGCUCCAGGUGUGGAAGGUCAUUCAGUGCGAGAUCCUGCCUUGCUAAAUAUCGGAAGGCGCGCGCGGGACGCGGCUACGUGGAGCUCCUGAGAGCACGGGCUGCGCGUUCACGCGUGCGCUUGGAGAACAGCUCCUAG